GAGAGCCGGAAGGGAGUGGCUAGCGGGGCACAGAGGGGGGGGAGCCCAGUGCGGUGACGCUCUAGCCUCCGAGCGCUGUCUCUAUGCUCCCCGCGUCUAGUCUAUUUAUUGUCGCGGGGAAGCGGCGGCCGCCCCGGACCCGGAACAACAAAGCGCGAAAGAGGGAGCCCGUGCCUCGGGGGCUCCUAGCAACGGGCCGGGGCGGGAGUUCCAUGGAGACUGGGGAGCGCGCCCGCCUCAUCAUCAUCCUCGUCCUCCAGCUUAUCCUUCGCGUCCGACGCCACCGGUAUCAGCGCUCCUGCCGCGUCCUCUGCCGCCGCCCCCUCUUCCCACGAACAAGAUGCCAUUUGAACUUAAGGAAGAUUGCUUUGGAGGGAGCAAAUGUAAUUUAUAAGCGUGAUGUUGGAAAAGUAUUAAUGAAACUUAGAAAACCUAGAAUUACAGCUACAAUUUGGUCCUCAGGAAAAAUUAUUUGCACUGGAGCAACAAGUGAAGAAGAAGCUAAAUUUGGUGCCAGACGUCUAGCCCGCAGUCUGCAGAAACUAGGUUUUCAGGUAAUAUUUACAGAUUUCAAGGUUGUUAAUGUUUUAGCAGUGUGUAACAUGCCAUUUGAAAUCCGUUUGCCAGAAUUCACGAAGAACAAUAGACCUCAUGCCAGUUAUGAACCUGAACUUCAUCCUGCUGUGUGCUAUCGGAUAAAAUCUCUACGAGCUACAUUACAGAUUUUUUCAACAGGAAGCAUCACAGUAACAGGGCCCAAUGUAAAGGCUGUCGCUACUGCCGUGGAACAGAUUUACCCGUUUGUGUUUGAAAGCAGGAAAGAGAUUUUAUAAUUCAUCACUUAAUUGGUUAGAAUCCCUAACUGAGCACCUUUUAAAACCUGCUGCACAUUGGACUCAAAACAAAAGGAAACUGGACCAACAGUAAUUGAGAAAAUAGACUCUUUUAUUCAUUCACGGCUACAGUGUAAAAAGCUCCAGUCCCUUUGGAUUUUAUUUCAAACUUUGCUGUAAUAUAAAAAGGAAGUUUACAAGACAUGACAUUGCUGCUUUUACAGAAGGACAUUCUAUUUAUUUUCGCAGUAAUUCUCAUGUCCCCAUAAGCAGAGCUGUCACAGUGUGCACUACCUUAAAUUGUUUUGUUGUUAUUUUUUUCCAGUUUGAGCUAAUGUGUUUUAUUUGUGAAUAGUCUUUUACAUUUUUGUAUGCUGAAUAUGGGCACCAAAGAACCUGUAAAAGUUAUCUUUUUCAAUUGAAUAUGCACAAAUAAAAGUUUGGAAAAGGUC